CAAUUCGCAAUUCGCGUCGGGCUGGCCGUGCAGUGUCGUAAGGUGCAGUGGUGCAGUCGGCAGGUAGUUGCGUGAGAUUCGUCGUUGUACUCGUGCAACUCGUCGUCACAGUCACCGAGCGCAAAUUCGUGCGAAACAGCAUCAGAAUGUCACGUCUCGCGGUAGCGUUGCUGCUGAUUUAUCUUCACGCGGGGUCCAUUUACGGAAUGGAAUGUUCCUUUGGAAAUAAGAAUUUCUUGGAGAAGAUGCUGACUACGUGUCCAAGACCAUUGAUAGAUCCAUCCGACAAUUCCUACUGCUGCUACGAUAUGUCUACUGAGUCGGCCUAUUGUUGCGAUGCCGUAGAGUUUGCGAAGACUGGGUUCGGUAUCAUCAUCCCAGUGAUAAUUGCAGCAGCUAUAGUUAUCGGGAUAAUAGUGUGCUGCAUAUCCUGCCUCUGCUGCAGCUGCUGUCCCUGGUAUCGCCGUCGUCAAGGCACCGUCUAUGGAAGACCGGCCGUGGCAUAAUACCAUUCUGACACACCAUUCUUCCUACGAAGAGUAUUUGUAUGUCAAUGUUUAAAAGAUUUUUAACGCUUAUUUGUAUCCUGCUUCCUGUAUUUAACCUGACAUUAAGUUAGUUUCCAUGAGGAAAUACGUACUUACAUAUUUUGCUAUAUCUAUACAUAUGUAUACCAAAGUGCAUUUUCUCCUUAUAAGAAUAUCUGCAUUUUUUUAAUUCGUAGUGAACUAUAACUUCGGAUACCCGCCCCUUUCCCCGAAGGGACGGGUUAUGCGGUGCCAAGUUAACCCGCUAAAACCACUGCGGUGUCCUCUGCGUUGUAGGGAAAUGCGGAGGUACGACACUACGCAAUCUUCCCCGCAAAGAAUAUCUAUAUUACAGUGUUAUUUUUAUUUUCUUACAAUACUAUAUUGUAUUAUAUUAGCGACGGAGCAUUUUCGUAGAUUUAAGUUUGAG